CCCGUCAAGGAGAAUAGCGAUGACGAUUGGAUUGACGUUUCAAAAAAUUUCUAUAUAAUUAACUUUGAAGUAUAUCUGUUUAAAAAAUUCAAAACAUUUCAAAAUUUGUUGUAUAUCUAUUUAACAUGCACUUUAAGCAUACAUGGUGUAAUUUAUGAAAUCAGUUGGAUAAAUAUAUUAUUUGGAUAAAAUAGGUAAAUUAAACAGGGAACUUUAUACAGUGAUUGAAAAUGGAAACGACAGAAGUAAAUGGAAAUGUAACCCAAGAAAGGAAGAAAGAAUGGGUAAAAUUCGAUGAUGAUACAUCACAAGUUGAAAUAUCUUCUCAAAACACAAUCAUUAGUUCAGAAAGACUCCCAGAAGCUGCAUCGUCUUUGAAUACAGAAUUGCCCGCAGUUUUGAAAACUGAAACAGUUCAUGUUAACUUGGAGCGUAAUGACAAACAUUUAGAACCAACACCAAGUGCUGUUCUGAAGAAUGUUGAUUUUAAUAAUAUACGCCAGGGAUUUACAAACGGAGACAUCAUUGUUACAUUAUUACCAGUCAACACUAAGUUACCAUGGAUAACUGCAGCUCAAUUUAAACCAGAACUGGUACCUGAAGAAUUAAUGGCUCAAGGUUUAACACUCACAGUUGAAGAAUAUGUUCAUGCAAUGGAGUUGCUUGUGAAUGAUGCACGGUUUACAUUGUACAACAUUUGCUAUAAGAGAGUUCUUGUUUGUUGGAUCACCAUAGCCUUUAUGGUCCUGCUCACACUUUUAUUCUCUGGAUUAACAGGAUUGACAUUGUUUUCACUUGGUGUUUUGUGGUUGAUAUUUAAUGCAUUAGCAAUUUUCCUAUGCAUGUGGAUCAAGUUAAGAUUGUCAAAAGGACUGGAGCAAUGUUUGGCGAGUGUAAAUAAGUUGUUGGUAAAACACAAGUUGCUGCUAGCUCUAGAUGACAGGGGCAAAAUCUCAUGUCACAAGGUCCACCUUUGUUUUCUGUAUUUUGAUUCAACACCUUGUAUAACACAUUUACAACAAUUUAUUGAGAGUGAAGAGGGAAAAACAAUCAUGAAAGGCUGGGAACAGAAGUUAGAUGUACAAGCAAAUGACAUUGUGAUACGAGGAAGUCAGACCACCCGAUUAUCAAGGAAACAGGACAGAGGUGCUCUUCUGUAUUUGCGGUACGUCGCGCGCUGGGGAGCGUAUGCCGUGAAACACCGAUUGAACCUGAGUAGUAUUGUUCCCGGUCGGCAUGGCGAAAAGUACAUAUGUCCGUGUCAAUUUAUAGAAGAGCACCUUAAAACAAAACCUCCCGUUGGAUUAGCCAAGUACUUCUCUUUACCUAAUCAAAGUAUUCAAGUGUAUUAAGAUGAUAGACACUUUUUAUCUGUGUCCAUACUCCGUCCCCGUACAAACAAGUAUUUUAUUGUACAUGUAAUUUUUCACUUUAUUAAUUACGAUUGACCCUUUAACAUCUGUAAAAUAUAAAAAUAAUUGCUAAACGACAAAGAUGUCUAUAAAUAUUAAAUAUGUAUUAAUAAUUUUAUACUACUGUUUCUUUAACUUUUUACUCCAUUCAAAUUAUUAAGUAUUUAUCUAUGCAAUAAGCUAUACUAAUGGAUAUUUUAUAUCUAACCGUUCAGGGACCAUCAAAUGUAUUUAUGUUUAUAUUUUGUUAAAAUAAACAAAUAAUCUUUGUUUUGGUAUAGAAUAGUUAGUAAACAAUUAGUGGCCAUAGAUUUAUGUACUUAAAACGUAUAAUCAUGUACUAUAUAUUCACCCAUUUAUUUAUAUGGGUAUUUAUAUAUAUCAAAUUGAAAACCUUAACAAUUUUAUUUC